AUGGCCCCUUCUCGGCUUGAAAUCGUCUUUGGUGGUGCCCUCUUUGGCCAGAGCCCCGAAUCGUCGACUCCAGAAUAUGUUCAAGAAUUUCUUCAGGUGCUUGCACAGAACAAUGUCAAGCAGAUCGACACCGCGCAGGUAUAUGCUACCAGCGAGGAGCUCCUUGGGCAGGUCGGGGCCGCGAAGCGGUUCAUGAUUGACACCAAGGUCGCUGCCGGCUUCAUACCCGGUUCUGGCUCGAAGGAGGGAAUCGUCAAGAUCGGUAAUGAGAGUCUCCAGAAGCUGGACACGGACCAGAUGAACGUGUACUACCUGCACGCACCAGAUCGUGAAACCCCGCUCGAAGAGACCCUGGCGGGCAUCGACGAGCUGUACCUUCUUCGGCUUGUCCAACUCCGCGCCAAUGAGGUGCUGGACGUUGUCCGCGUCGCCAAGGAGAAGGGCUUCGUGGCCCCCUCCGUGUAUCAGGGAAACUACAACGCUGUCUCCCGGCGGGUAGAGACGGAGCUCCUCCCUGUGUUGCGGGAACAUAACAUCCGAUUCUACGCCUACAGCCCCAUCGCAGGAGGCUUUUUGACCAAGACCAAGGAGCAGCUCCUAGGCGGUGGCGAGGGCCGCUGGGAUCCCAACUCCCCGUUUGGAAAGGUCUACCACAGUGUGUACGGCAACCCGCUCAUGCUGGACGCGUUGGAUGAGUGGGGAAGUAUCGCGAGCUCGGCGGGCGUCAGCAAGGCGGAGCUGGCAUACCGGUGGAUCUUUUAUCACUCAGAUCUUCGGCGAGAGCUAAAUGAUGCCGUUGUGGUCGGAGCAAGUCGGAUUAGCCAACUGGAGCAGACGCUGGCGGCGAUCGAGCAUGGACCUUUGGAUGCUGAUUCUGUGAAGCGUAUUGACGCCAUUUGGGAGAAGAUCAAGGAUGUCGCCCCCUUGGACAAUUUCAAUAGGUCCUCCUGA